GGCAGAUGUUUGAUCAGAUGUUCCGGCAGCGAUCGUAGUUGGCAUCUGUUUGGUGGUUUGAAGUUCAGUUUUUCGGUGCUCGCUCGCCACAAUGUCGCAAAUAGAGUGUCUCCCGGUUGAGGUGAUGUGCUGCAUAUUCGAUAAGCUUACCAGUUUGGAGCGAAAAUCAUUGCAUUUGGUGUGUCGCGACUGGUAUCGAAUUCUGACGCGGAAGCACUAUCUGUUGAGGCGUCAGCUGAAAGUGUACCCCGAAAAUGUGGAAUUGUUCGAAGCUGGAAGUGAGGCGUGGAUCAAGUUUCCGUGUGUCAGUAUUCGCGAUGACGAUUCUAGUCCUAAAUCGGUGCGAAGGAGAAAUUUUCUGAGUGCGCUUCGCCGAGCAGUUCUGUGUCAGCCCGUUUUAACCCACAUCGAAGAGCUGGUGUUUGAAUUUGUUCAAAGUGACCUGCUGCGUGAGUUGUUCGGUGAAACAUGUGACGGUCAGCGGUUUCCAAAUUUAAACUACUUAGUCGUUAGAUGUUCUGAGUUCAGCUGUAUGCCCGAAAUUCGAACAUGGCACUUUCCGAAAUGUUUGACCCGGUUAGGGUUAGUGGUCAGUUGUCGGGAGGAGGUGCGAUUGAUCGAAGCUGUCGGUGCGCAGCUCGAAGAGCUGCUAAUUGAAACAGUUAAGCUAGAACUUCUACUUGAGUGCUGUAAUUUGCCGGUUUUCGAGAAACUGCGAACAUUGAAGCUGAUAUCGGAUACAUUUUUCCCGGAUCGAUUCUCUGGUUCAAGUGAUAUUGGUGAAAACUUUGCAAGGACGUUAAAUCGGCUGAAGAAUCUUGCCAUCGGUUUCCGACACAAUGACUUUCGGUUGGGAUAUGCGCCUCUGCUGCAGAACUGUCAAAAGCUGGAGACGCUUUCGAUUCUUGGGAUGGAUUUGGAUGUUGGAGCAUGCAACGCAAUUGGACGGCUCGGUGGAUUGAGGAAAUUGGAACUCCUGCUUCGCAUCGAAAAGGACAGCGAGCUGAUCUCGUGGAACUUCCAGAAUUUAAUCAGUAUGCACACCUACGUAUGGAAUCUGGCCCCACUGGGAGAGAACUUACCGUCGCUCGAAGUGAUUCGAAUCUCAAAUUACACCAUUAGAGAAGGCAGAUUCAGCGUUCAACCUGCCGAGAAAAUUUAUCUACAACGAUAUUUCAGCCACUUUCAAACGAUUGUAAAACUGUUCCUGUACGACAUCUAUCUCGAAGAGGAUCUGCUGCUUCAAUUCCCCACGAUGAAGGUUCGAGAAGUUGUCCUUCGCUGCGUUCGAACGAGCUCACUCAUCCUGGACAUCAUCUACGAGCGGGCACCGAAGGUCUUUUACGUGUACUUUUGGGACUGCUGCUUUCUCGUCAGCCCCCGGGCCAAAAUUCCAUCCUUCGAAGAGUUGCGCCGUCUGCUGCCGCACGUCCGCAUCUCGCAUUCCAGUAGCAAGAUCAUCACCGUGGAUUACGGGCAGAUACUUUCUUGAUGAAGAAAUAUAUUCCGUUCCCCCUGCGGGUGUCCAUCGCCGAAGCCACUGCGGCGGAGUUUGAGUAGUGGUGAUCGGUCGGAUGAUCGGUUCAUUCGGUGCCGCCAUCGACAAAAAAAAGUGUAGAAACAGUUAU